CUUAUGGCUGGCGUUCCUGAAUUCGAUAUAAAAUAUUGUUGCGGUUCGCUGGAGUGCUUCCUCUCGAAACAUUUGUUCCUGUCAUCGACAACGUGAUUGGCAACAUUGAGACUCCACAAGUCGUUCCUUCUUUCAACUCGGUUCUCUAGCUCGUGAUCCUUCUCUUUCUACGUUACCCCUGGGGCAAUAGUCUCGGAAGAUCACCCACAAUGCCGCCAUACACAAGCACAUCUUUGGAGGGCUCAUCCGAGAAAGUGGAUCCUGCGACGAACGGCGAUGUAUUUCCUGAACGAAACACGAGAACGGAAUGCAUUGACAUCGAUGAUAACAGGGAGGUCUUCCACGAAGAGGAGUACAGAGCGUUGGGAUGGAAACGCACUGGCAUCAUUUUGAUGAAGCUAUGCUUUGCCACCGGCGUAUUGACCAUUCCAUCUGCCUUCAGCUCAGUCGGGUACGGCCCGGGCAUUGCUCUGCUUGUGGGUUGGGGAACGCUGGCAACUUACUAUGCGUACAUCAUGUACGUCUUUAGAAUGAGAUACGCCGGAGUUCAUAGCAUUGCCGAUGCCGCGGCGCUCAUGGGCGGACCUAUUGCUCGAGAGAUUGCCGGCGGUCUCUUCCUUUUGACUUGGAUCCUUGCAUCUGGAUCUGGCUUCAUCGGUUUGGCGGAAGGAUUCAAAACGCUUUCCAACCGCCACGUCUGCAACAUUGCGUGGACGCUCGUCGCAGCCACGUGCACCGCAAUCGUAUCUAGCAUUCCCACUCUGGGGCGAUUGUCGAUCCUAGCAUGGAUAGGAUUCGCUUCAAUCUUCACGGCGGUCUUUAUUGUUGUCGUUGGUGUGACACAAGUAGAUCGGCCUGCGGCAGCGCCACAGACCGGACCAUACGAUAUGGAAGUACACGCCGUAGGAGCCCCUGGAUUCGUGCCAGGAGUUGUCGCGGCCGUCAAUCUUUUUACUGGUUAUGGAUCUACACCAACCUUUAUUCCCGUAAUUGCGGAGAUGAGAAGCCCGCGAUCUUUCACCAAAUCUCUCUUCUCAUCUCAGGUUUUCCUAGCCUCAUGUUAUGUAGCAUUUGGCACGGUGGUCUACAUGUAUUGCGGAAAGUACGUUGCGAGUCCGUCUCUAGGCUCUGCUGGCGGAACAUUGGAAAAGAUAGCGUACGGUGUUUCGAUUCCGGGUUUCAUCAUGACGACGACUCUUUGGGUUCAUCUUGCUGCCAAAUUCCUUCUCGUACGCAUCCUUCGCAACUCAGUGCAUUUACAAAGCAAGACUGUGAUUCAUUGGGUGACUUGGCUUGGCUCGACCAUAGGUAUCAGCGCGUUGGCUUUCAUCAUCGCUGAAGCGGUUCCAUUUUUUAGCUAUCUGGUUGGGCUCAUUGGUUCUAUUUGCUGCAUGCCUACUUGUCUGAUCAUCCCAGCAUUCAUGGGCCUCUACAUGGACUGGGAGAAAAGAUCCUUUAGUAGAGUCAAGAUGUCUCUCUGUGCCCUGCACAUCUUCACGAUAGUCCUGGGAUCAUUCAUGACCGUUGUGGGCACUUACACAACAAUCCAAAGCAUCAUCGAUGCGUACAAUGGUAGAAGGGUAGGAUCAGCUUUCACUUGCUAGAGUGAGGAGCGAGGGCGACGAUGAGAAAAAUUGGAUAUUGUGGCUGUCGAUUGCCCUACAAUAAAAUUUAGAUGGCUUGAUGACCAGUCUGGAGGGGUUUUGCCCAUGACUGUCAGUCUCAACAACAUCUUACGCUGACCCAAAUGAAGUGUAUUAGGGGGGAUAUAACCCGCGAUAGAUCCAGCCUUAAUAGUAAUUCGAGAAGAAUAAAUGGGG